AUGAAAUCUGCGAUUUGAAUCCAUUUGUGGCACAGCGUCAAUGCCGGACGGAGAGAAGUACUAGCGAGAGUACCAGGGAGGCAAGAAUAAGAAAAUUAAGCGACAUCAUACUAGCAUCUUCGGAUGUAGCACCGCAGUGAAGAUUUUCAUGGUGAUAGAAAAGUUUCAUUCUAGAAGUAGAGACCACUGAUGUCAAGAUAGUGAAGAUAACCCGCCAUUAUACAACAACCGAUUAUAAUCAUGUGUCGCUUGUUUGAGGAGUUGUAGAAGCGGAACUGGUACAAGAUUUGAACGACGAGUCAAGAACAGUUGAGCGCGCAAAAGAUUAUAUACCUCUAUCACCAUGUUCGGGGAGAUGCAGCAGUGGAAGUGGGUGGAAAUCCCCCCGGAGGACCUGGGCCCAAACUUCCUCUUCUCCCUCCGCGAGCGCGUCGUGAAGCUGUACGAAAACAAAAUUGACGUGGACGAUGGGCAUUACUGUAUCGCCGUCGACACGGAAUCGGUGCGGCUGUUGGAAAACCCGGUGGUUCAGGACGGAACCUGUCUGGCGCUGGCCCGGGUCGCAUUUUCCUCCAUAUGUUGCCGCCCAUUCAAGGACGAAGUGGUCUAUUGCCGCGCGACCAAGCUGCAUGAGGUAAGUACUUACUAAUACUUGUUCCUGGAGAAUGAUAAAUUCGAUAGGAUACUACACAUCCUUUCUAGUAGCAUGGUUUGACAGGAUGCGCAUGCGGAAAUCGAAAAAUAAAUGCGAGAAUAGAAAGUUGAGAAGUUUUUUUCAUGCAGGAGCAGGAGGCAGCAGGCAGAAGAAAAAUGAAAAUGAAACCGCUCCAGUUUUGUUGUUGUCGCAGCUUUGUCGACAUGCGCGCUGCCGUUCGUCGUACACGGACAGGAGGAAAAAAACAACGCGUUUUGUCAUGCGCACAAUAAUAAAAGCUGCUGCUGUUCCCGGUAGAGAUGAGCAUGAGAUCCUGUGGUCCAAAUAAACUGACAAUAACACAAUGACCACUACAACAGGUCGGCAUCCUGUCUGAUUUCGGCCCGGUGCGAAUAUUUAUCAGCAGUCAACAGAUGAAGAAGUACAAGUUUGUAUCCUGAGGAAAAAUGUCCCCACCCCAGUAGAGUCAAGAUGGGGACUUUGCAACACAAAUCCACAGGGUUUGGCUGUUUCGCAUGACAAGUUUGUGUCUGUAGUAUAGUCGUGCUUGGCUAGCAAAGUUACAGCACAAAUCUAGCCCCUCAUCCUGAGUAGAGCAUGACAAAGCCCGCCCAGACAGCAUGGGAAAAUGCUCCGUGUGGGGCCUGCGCAUGAGAGAUAAUUUGGGCAUGCAAAUUUGCAUGACAACUCUGGUGUGGGGACGUUUUUGGUCAGGAUAGUUUGAACCAGCGACGCGAAAAUUUAUCCACGAGGAAGACCAGUCCGAAAUAGCCGAAAAUUCCCUCCUGUGCUGCCGGCUCGUGGGCGUGAGGACGGAAUAUCGAAGAAAAAAACGUUAUUAGUGUAAAUUUGUGAUGCGCAACAUGCAAAAUGAUUGCGUCUGUCAUGCUUGGCAUGCAUCGCAGGGUCCAUUAAAGGGCGUUUUCAACACGUACUAUCUGCGCAUGACAGGUUUUUGCUGUCAUGCCAGACAAAUUUGCAAUGCUGUUCCUCCAAAAAAGUUACACCUACAGCGUUUUUUUCUUGGAUACGGAAGAGUCGGACUUUAUUAAGUUUCACGCUCUGGCCACGAUAGACGAGAUGGAUCUGGGACCUGUAAAAUACAACGAGACGAGGUAGAGAUGAAUGACUAUUCUGUAGUAGUAUCAAUGUUGUGCUGCGCAUAGUUCUUGUGUUGGUGGAAGUACAACUCAAAUUUUAGGUUUUCGCAACUUCAUAGAUUGAUUUUGAGGACUAAGGAAGUUUGUCAUGAUGCUAUUUUUCAUGAUACGACAACAAUCAACUAACAGAUGUUGGAUCGAUCCCAAAUGGGACCAAGAUGGCCGGAUCCACGAGAGAGAGAACGCUUACGAGCCCGGCAGGGCCGUAUCAAAGUGAAAAAUCCCCCCUCCCCGUAUCAAAGCGGAACUUCUGAUGCUGGAUUUGUGUACACAAAUCAGCUUUGUAUUGCAGGAUGGCACUGCUGCCAGAUCCCCAGACUAGGUAGGGGCGUUGGCGUCUAGUUGUUCAGCAUUACAAACGGCUGCCCUUUAGGCCCAACAGCAUGACAAACCGCUUCCGUAAUGGGGCGGAAGCUUCUGCCUUUGUCUUCUUGCAAGACAAAUUUUCGGGAACAUACCUCUUCAAUAUGGGGAGGGGGGAUUUUUCGUUGCGAUAAGCCGCCGCGGGCCAGGCCGGAGCCGGCAUGCACCAGCAGAACGCGGGUCAGGGAAUGAACCAGCACCACCUUGACGCCAAUCAGCAGAAAAACCUCUUCGCGGCGCAACAAAGAGGAAACACGAAUAAUUUGGGGCAGAUAUUCAGAGGAAAAACGCCCCCUCCCCCAAAGUUGCAAGAAUUUGUGAUGCGAAGUUCCAAAAGAAGCCUUUUUGUCAUGCAUGAAAGGAGUAUGAGUCUAUCUUUCUGAUGCAGAGUCUAGGCGUGUAGCGCAUCGCUUGCAUGACAAGCGGCGCUCUUGCUGGGAUCUUUUGCAAUACAAAUUUUUGUGUAUAGUUUACGAUUGGAAACCUGUGAUGCUGAUAGAUGCAAGAGGGCGAAUGUUUCAUUUGGCAAGGUUUGCAAUACAAAUGCUGCCAAGUUCGGGGGUGGGGGCAUUUUUCAUUGUAAUAGCAGACCGGCCAGUCCGCCCGGGACCAGUUUUACGGAACGCCGGGCAACAACCUGGACGGAGGGGUCAGCGUGGGUAUGCAUUGCAACUAUGUCCGGGUCUGGAAGGUUGGAACUUGUGAUGCUAACUUUCGACUCUAAAAAAAUCUGUAUUGCAUGACCAGCAGGAGGAGGCUAGUUUGGGCUACGCGGGGAGGGCAUUUGUCAUGCGGGGUAGGCAUCAGGAAGCCUGCCAAAAAUCUGUGAUGCUAGGUCGUGCAUUACAGACAUCCUGGGUCAUGCAGAAUAUGCAUGACAAACCCGGCAACAUUCCAGACCCAGACAUUUUUGCAUUUGAUAGUGGGACUUCCCAUGCAACGGGAUGAGGACCGGGAGUUUGCGGAAAAUAUCAAAUGCAAAUAUGUCUGGGUCUGGAAGAUUGCAACUUGUGAUGCUGUCUCUGCAUUCUAAAAAAAACUGCAUUGCAUAACCAGCAAGAGGGGUCCACUUUGUGCUACAUGGAGAGGGUAUUCCUCAUGCGAGAUAGGCAUCAGAAAGCCCACUAAAAAUCUGUGAUGCCAGGUUAUGCAUUACAGACGUCAUGUGUCAUGUAACAUCUGCAUGAUCUUCCAGACCCAGAUAUUUUUACAUUUGAUAGAGAAUUUUCUCACACCGGGCGGUGGCCCCAUGCGGUCGGAGCAGUCUCACGACAGUAGUGUUGACAACGCACAUCAGACGCGAUCAAACAUGCUGUACUGAUGCUUCUCAGAGAAGAAGUUGUGGUUUCUGUGCUAGGGGUUUAUUUUGACACUACUUAGUACGGGACCACUCGUGUUGAGUCUCGUAGACCACUUUGGAUUUCCAAAUGAAAGAAUUUCGCCGUCCUUUAAUUCGCGGACCGAAGACUAUGUUCGACGCGAGCGUCUGCGUUAACAGGC